AUGUUCGACAAUGCCGUGGGUGCUGCUGCUGCUCACCAUGGUGCUCCACGGUUGCCGUUUGCGACAACUGACACAUGGCAAUGGAUUCGUGAUGCGACACUCAAGCUGGCGCAAGGACAGCGACAUGCCGAGCAACUUCGCCGCUUCUCGCGUCUACCUUUUGGCGUCACCGGAUCAUCAGCUGCACUCAACACCACAAUUCACUGUUCGACAACGUCGUCAUCCGCAUGGUCGUCACCUUCCACGACGUUCACCUGUCAAUCGACACCGCCGCCAACGUUGCUUACUUCUACAGUUCAACUUCUGCUGCACGAUCGUGUACAAUACGUCAAUGAGCACAUGUACAAGCGUCUACGCCCGCAACAAACCGAACUUCAACAGCGACAAUCGCCCCUCACCUCCAUCGCGCUGGCU